AUGCUCGCGAUACUCCCGCUGAUUUCUGCCCUCGCGGUCCUGGCGCAGGCGCAAUCCCAAUGCCCCGACUUUGCGGUGUACUCGCAGGCAAGCACCGCCUUCUCGCGCACCGCGGGAAUACAGCGCUCGAUCGCUCACGCUCGGUCACUGGCAGACGCCUCAGGGCAAUCCGUCAACGGGACCGCUGCGGCUGCCAUUCAUGCGCCCGAGUCCGGCCUGUCGAACGUUCAACAGCACGGCGGUCGAGAAAGUGGUGACGGAUAUGAAAGCACGUAUCAAGGAUCCCGAUUUGGCGCGGCUGUUCGAGAACACGUUUCCCAAUACGCUGGACACGACUGUGAAGUACUUCAAUGCGGUGGGUGUGUCCCUGAGAUCGUGAAGAUUGCAUAUGAAGACGGGUUCCAGACUGAAAAUCUGGCGUUUAUCAUCACUGGGGACAUCACGGCGUCUGAUAGGGCGCAGUGGUUGCGAGACACGGCGAAUCAGUUCGCCGCGUACAGCUCUCUCAUCUCUCUCGAUCCAUCUUUGGCUGUGCUGAUGAAGGCUGUGAUCAACAACGAAGCGCGAUAUGUCUCGCAGUAUCCUUACUGCGGAUCAUUCCAGCCGCCACCGGAAUCUGGACUGGCGCCGAGUUUGAAUGGACACGCUGUUCUCGUCGAAGUCAAUCCUCCCGUGAACAACCAGACUGUUUUCGAGUGCAAGUACGAGAUUGACUCCCUCUGUGGAUUCCUCAAGCUUUCGCGGUCGUAUUAUUCCGAGACCAAGGACGUCUCGUUCAUGGAUUCCAAAUGGUUCGACGCGAUUGAUCAAAUUCUGACUGUGGUCGACCAUCAGUCUCAAGCCUCAUUCGAUGCCGAUUUCAACUGGAUUUCUUACUAUAAUUUCACUGGGCUAGAUGGAUCUCUGGAACCUGCAGUCGCGAAUGGAGGAAACGGCGAGCCCAAAGGAUAUACAGGCAAGACACUAGGCAUGGUCGGAACGCACCACCGACCUUCCGAUGACUUGAGCACCUACGCAUUCCUGACACCGGCGAAUGCAAUGCUCUCAGUCGAGUUGGGGAAUCUGGUCACGAUCCUCACCGAGUCCGGCAAGUCCAAGACCAGCCGAGGGAAGAACGUGACCGCUUUGGCCAAGACGUGGAGCAAACGAGUCCAUGAUGCGAUUUGGAACUCGACUGUCGUGAACAACAUCUUUGCAUACGAGACCAACGGCCUCGGCUCGCGAUAUGUGAUGGACGAUGCCAAUGUACCGUCGCUGCUCUCGCUGCCCUACCUGGGCUUCCUGGACAUGCACAACCCCACCUACGUCGCAACGCGGAAGCUACUCCUCUCGCGCAUGAACCCGUACUUUGCCGCUGGCAAGAAUUUCAGCGGGAUCGGCGGCCCACACGUCGAUGCGUGGAACCCGUGGCCCAUGUCGCAGAUUACGGCGAUCUUUGGCACGGACGACGACAAGGAGAUCCUCGACCGGCUGUCUCUCAUCGCCAAGGCACAACACGGCAGGACUCGGCCUGAUACACGAGUCGCAGAGCAUCUACAAUUUCACCUCGUACACUCGCCCGUGGUUCGCUUGGGUGCGAAUAGUUAUUUCGGCGAGAUGAUGCUGGACUUGGCGAAGCGCAAGCCGGGAUUGAUCUUCCAUAAUAGCACCGCCUACACUCCAGGGCAUUGAGCUCGGGCUGAAAAAAAAUCUGAGAGUGAUGGGCCUGUAACGGUCAUUUCUGGCUGCAAGAAAGCCGCUUUUACGCUCACUACUCUACUUGCCUUUCAAAGUAGUCAAAUCUCUAGUGAAAUUUUCUGUUGUUCGGACCCCGGUGAUGAUCGAUC